GAUGUGGAGCGUAUUCUGAAUCUAGUGGGAGAAAUGGACGCUGAAAUAUAUCCUAUUUUUAAACAGGAAUUCCAAAAGAGUUCUCUGCUUCAGGUCGGUUUGGAGGAGAGAAGGCUAAAGCUUGUCAGAGCUAGAGUACUGCCUGAACGAAUCCAGGCAUUGUCCAACCAGAUUGAAGAGUUUCUGGGUGGAUUAGAUUCCUCAAGUUCAGAUAAGCAAAGUGAUGGUCAGAAACUCCACCAGGAGCUUGGUCAUUCUCACACUCAGGUUCAGAUGAAGCUUGAGGAGUAUGAAACUGUUCUCAAUCUAUUUUCUAAACUUUUAGGACAUAUAUCCCAGAUUGAAACAAUGUGUACAAGUUAUCAGGAAUCUACAAGAAAGCAGGGAACACCCAGACAUGUACAAGCAGCCAAAGCAGCCUUACAGGAACUUAAUGACUGGAAACUGAAUCUGGAAUCUGAAGAAAAAUCUGCAAAUAAAUAUUUAGAAGCUGUUUUUAAGGAAGUACGUACUCUAAAAACAAACCAACAGUUUCAGCCCGAUCUAGAGUUGCUUGCUAAACUUCAGAGUCAACUUAUUCUAGCUGCUGAAACAUUGUAUGCUGAAUACAAGACACUGUUUACAGAUAAUCUUGGGUUUUGCGAGUACACUGCUGUACAGCGUGAACUCUGUCUAGAGAUCGAUCAGCUGAUUAGACUGGUAAAAACAAAACUGUUGGUAACAGAGAACAUAUCUUCGGUGGGAGCUCUAGAUACUGUGUUAAACCCCCUACUGGAAAGAAUAAGCAUAACUGAAUCAAAAGUGCAGGAGAUUACGAGAAAAGGAGAAACCCUAUUGUUGACCAAUCAUGGAUCUGCUGUGGAAUUGGGGCAAUCCCAACUUCAAGACAAGUGGGCUGGUCUGGAAGCUCUACUGAGUGAACAGAAACAAAAACUGGCAUCUGCUGUUCUCUACUUUUCUCAUAUAGAAAAAGCUGAAAACUUUAUUAAACAGUCAACAACACGUAUCCUUCAUUGGUCUAAUGAAGUGACAGGGCAAAAGUGUAUUGAAAGAUGCAGUGAACUUGUGAAGGAGAUUGAAAUGUAUAUAAAAAGGGAAAAGCAAGUUCAGGAUGAUAAUAUAACCAAGAUGACUGCUUUGGCGGGAAAAAUCUACGGAAACGACGCCAUCUUGCGGAUAAAGAGCUUACACAUGGAAACCAACGAGGCUUUCACCGGAAUUCAGGCACUUCGGCAGAAAUUUCUGGGAUUAGAGGAAUCACUGAAAAGAGAGAAAAAGGAGGAGGAGAGGGUCCGAAAAUUGAAAGCUGAAACAGACAAAAGAAUAGCAGCUGCCGAGGAGGCUGCCAAAACAGCUAAAAUUGAGGCUGAAGCAGCAGCAGCAGAAAAAAGAGCUGUUCAACACCUCAAGGAAAAGGAAGCUGCUGUAAGACGGGCUGCUGCAGAAGCAGAAAAAGCAGCAAAAUUGAAAGAAAUGAACGAACUAGAGCAAUUAAGAAGAAAAGAGAAGGAGUUGGAAAUUAGAGAAAUUAAAUUACGUAAUGAAGAAGAAUUAAGAAAAAAAGAAGAGGAGGUAAGAAUUAGAAUUGAAAAAGAAGAAUUAAAAAGAAAGCAAAGAGAAGAAGCCCCUCCUCGCCCUCCUUCCCCUGUAGGAGAUCCUCCACCUGAACAUGUUCCCCCAGUCUUCCUCCAUCUACUACAGGAUAAGGUUGAACUAGCGGGAACUAGAUGUAUAUUAAGUGCCAAGGUGUCAGGUGUGCCUCUGCCUAUCGUUACAUGGUUCAAG